AUGGACCCGAGGGCCAGCUCCUACGGGGCCACACGCCACCACAUGGAGCCCGAGGGCCGGCUCCUACGGGGCCACAUGCCACCACAUGGACCUGAGGGCCGGCUCCUAGGGGGCCACACACCACCACAUGGACCCGAGGGCCGGCUCCUAGGGGGCCACACACCACCACAUGGACCCGAGGGCCGGCUCCUAGGGGGCCACACACCACCACAUGGACCCGAGGGCCGGCUCCUAGGGGGCCACACACCACCACAUGGACCCGAGGGCCGGCUCCUAGGGGGCCACACACCACCACAUGGACCCGAGGGCCGGCUCCUAGGGGGCCACACACCACCACAUGGACCCGAGGGCCGGCUCCUAGGGGGCCACACACCACCACAUGGACCCGAGGGCCGGCUCCUAGGGGGCCACACACCACCACAUGGACCCGAGGGCCGGCUCCUAGGGGGCCACACACCACCACAUGGACCCGAGGGCCGGCUCCUAGGGGGCCACACACCACCACAUGGACCCGAGGGCCGGCUCCUAGGGGGCCACACACCACCACAUGGACCCGAGGGCCGGCUCCUAGGGGGCCACACACCACCACAUGGACCCGAGGGCCGGCUCCUAGGGGGCCACACACCACCACAUGGACCCGAGGGCCGGCUCCUAGGGGGCCACACACCACCACAUGGACCCGAGGGCCGGCUCCUAGGGGGCCACACGCCACCACAUGGACCUGAGGGCCAGUGCCUAGGGGGCCACACGCCACCACAUGGACCCGAGGGCCAGUGCCUAGGGGGCCACACGCCACCACAUGGACCCGAGGGCCGGCUCCUAGGGGGCCACACACCACCACAUGGAACCUGA